ACUUCCGUCGCGUUUCCUAGGACGCCAAGAUGGACGCCAAGAUGGACGCCCUCCGGGCCCGGGAGCAGUUACGGAGACGAUACCUGUUCGCGCUCGACGCCGAGGCGUCGCUGGACGGCGAAGGCUUCGCCAGGCAGGGAGCCUCUGCAGCUGUUGAGAAAAAGCAGAAACCUCUUCCAAGACUUAACAUCCAUUCUGGGUUUUGGAUAUUGGCCUCCAUUGUUGUGACCUAUUAUGCUGACUUCUUUAAAACUAUUAAAGAAAACUUUCACACCAGUAGCUGGUUCCUCGUUGGGGGCGCCCUGCUGCUUCUCAGCCUGUCCAUUGCGCUCUUCUGCAUUCUCUACCUGGAGUGGUACCGCGGGAUCGGGGACUACGAUGCCCAGUACCCGGCCCUGAUACCCCUCACGACCGCUGCCUUUAUCGCAGCGGGGAUCUGCUUCAACAUCGCUUUAUGGCCCGUGUGGUCAUUUUUCACUCCGCCGCUGCUGUUCACCCAGUUUAUGGGAGUUGUGAUGUUGAUCUCACUCCUCGGGUGACUUGGAAAGGUUCAAGGGCAGGAGUAUGUGAAGUGGAUGAUCAAGCAUCCAGCUAGCUGAAAGCAUCCCAAACGUGGAAGAGCUACAGUGUCUUUUUGCACCUUGAAGUGAGUGGCUUUCUGGGAAAAAUGGCCACUUCAUCGAAUCGUGGUUGAAAUCGAAGUAAACUAUCUCUUUUGAGCUUUCUCAAACCCAAGUGAUGAUUGGCUCCUCACUCCGUGGGGGAGGGGCGGCCGUCUGUUUGGAGGGCAGCUGGGUGCGCGCCUGCGCCUUCCACGGGUCUCAGCGCGCAGCCCAGGCCCCGCCUUUCUGGUGCCUCCUCUGGCGGGAGGGCCAGCGGGGCGUGUCCUAUGCAUUGCCUUGUGCAUUCCUGGUGAUAACACUUUAGGUCUUAUCAUCGUGUAAAUGAUGGGUCUUAGCAUGUCUAACACAUGAACUUUGAGUGAUUUUAGGUAUGUAUGAUUGUUCCUGAACAUUUAAAUAAAAUAUUUUUGUAGCUUUC